CCUCGGCACCGGCGGUCAGGUGACUGUCUGCAGACACAACAUGGCUGACCUGUCAGAAGACCAAUGAGGGAAAGGCCACAUUUAGCAUAAUCGAUCUUAGUUUUUACGUCGCUCGCGAAGACAGUGGACCGUCGUGGACCUGCAGCUGAUUCAAGAUGAGCGGUUUUCCGGGGGGAAUAGCAAAUGGUCCCAGCCAGAGUGAACACAUGGAGAAAGAUGCCCGGGUAUGGGAGAGACCCUGGACGUUGGAAGAAAUGCGGCAGAGUAGUGCCAGCUGGUCCUUGGCAGCAGAUUCAGGGCUCUUCCUGUUUCUGCAAGACUUCUCUCACAAAAUGCUGUCAAAGACGCAUGAGAUUGAAAAACAAUUGGAUGGCCUCAUCCGUGACACCAAGGCUACAGACAGCUGCCUGCACUCUGUGUUCAGUGACUUCCUCAUGCUCUCCAAUACACAGUUUAUAGAAAAUAGAGUAUGUGAUGAAGAAGUCGAAGAACCACUGCCUAAAACUGAUGCUGUGGAGAAACAACCGGAACGGACCCGGGAGCAAAAGGAGGCGGAGCUGAUCCCUAAGAUGCAGGAAGCUGUAAAUUACGGUCUACGAGUGCUGGAGUCGGCGUUUGAGCAUCUGGACAUCAAGGCAGGGAACUCGGAUUCAGAGGAUGAGGAGGUCACGGGCAGAGUAGAGGCCAUCCUGGAACCUAAGGAUCUUUAUGUGGACAGACCACUUCCCUAUCUGAUUGGUUCCCAGGCGUUCAUGGAACAGGAUGAUGUUGGACUUGGCGACCUCUCCAGUGAUGAAAUGUCAGUAGACAGUGACAGAGACAGCGUGAUUGAAAGUGACGACGGCAAAGAAGCCACACAUUCGGAUGAAGAUUUUAUUCAAGAAGGCCAGGUUCACAACAUCUUCAAAAAGAAAUCAUCUAUGUUGAGCUUCGAAGAUGACGACGAGGAAGAGGAAGACGAGGAUUCGGACAUAUUUGGAGAAUCAGACAAGGAUGAUGACGACCACGACCCGAAGAACUCGGGUCCAAUAUCAUUUGCUGAUGAGCUGGCAGCUCGGAUCAGAGGUGAACCAGUUCAUAAACAGGAGGGAGAUCGUGCCUCAUUGUCAUCUAAGAAGAAAAGUAAAGGCAGAAAAGAAGCAAAGCCCUCAAAGACCCAGGCUGAAGAUGACAGUGACGACAUGUUCAAACCACCCAAGAUGGAUGAGAUCGACGAUGACGAUGAUGACGAUGACUUUUCCCCGUUUGGAGGAAGUAGCCGCCUCUUUAGUGGGGGGAAGGGCCUGUUUGAUGAUGACAACGACGAGCGGGACCUUUUCGAUGAUGCACCAAAACCUUUUGUACCAGAAGAAAAGAAACCUGUAAAAGAAAGUGUGAAAGUCACAGCCACAACAGCAGAACCUAGGAAAUCUGCAAAGAAGAUUCCAACAGGUGGCGUUUCAAUAUUUCCAGCCAACAGCCUCUUCAGUCCAGGGAAUGAUUCUGAUUCUGUUAGAAGCAAGGAGAACGGAACUCCGAAUUCCAAGGUCAGCGCUCCUCCAAAAGUUGAAAAAAAGACUGCUGUUGGUGGUGGAGGACUCUUUGAUGAGGAGGAUGAGGACGACGACUUCUUUGGUGGAAAAAGUCUACAAAAGUCUGAAUCUGUUGUAAAGGAGAAACCUAAAUCCAAGACAACCGUUGACCUCUUUGAUGAAGAUGAUGAGGAUGAUGGCAAUAUAUUCGGUGAUAAAUUUAAGUCAACAACUCCAGUUCAGGUCAAGAAGGAGGUUGUUGCAGAACCAGUUAAACCGCCUGAGAAGAAGAUGCCAGCUGGGGCCAUCUCCAUGUUUGGACCUGGAACUAAAAGUCUCCUCAGCGAAGGCCUGAAAAAGCGUCGACAAUCGACCAGUGAGGAGUCGGAAAAAUCUGAGGAGAACGGUGCUUCUCCAGAUGUUAGGAAAGCUGCUCCAAAACCAUCCCCGAAACCCCAGACCAGGGGUCUUUUCUCUGAUGAUGAAGAUGCACAAGCUUUUCCAACCAUCCCAAGAAGUCAAUCGAAGCCUGAACCUACAAACCAGAGCAACACCAACAAAGCUCCUGUGUUCUUGUUUGAUGACGAUGAAGAAGAGGAUCUCUUUGCUUCUGCGGUUAAAUCUAAACCAAAAGCUAGUUCAUCUAAAACCUCACCCAUGCAAACCAGCAGUGCAGUCUCUAGCUCCCUCUUCAGUGAUGAUGAGGAUCAGUGGUUAGGUGCUACAAAAACAUCAGAGACCAACUCAGGAGGAAUGAAGGCCAGUGCUAGCGCCCCCUCUGGUCUCACUAGUACCAAAACAACACCCAGCAGCAGCCUGUUUGAGGAGGAAGAUGAUAAUGAACUGUUUGCACAAACAAAAGAAUCAAGUACUCAGAAAAACCCUCAGCCAGUUGCACUACUGUUUGAAGAUAAUGGUGGUGAUGAUGAAGAUGACGAAGAUCAAGGAACCCUUUUUAAUGUCAACACAAAUACUGCACUACCAACUACUAAAACACUAGCCUCAGCAUCCAAGUCUUCCUCAUCCCAGAUGCCUAAAUCAGACACAGUAGAACAUGUACCCACAGAAAACCAGUCUUUGCAGCAGGAGAAGCUGACUCCACAUACUUCAAAGUCUCCAGAGAUGCCUGUGGGAGAAAGUGGAGAAAGUAAAAAGAAGCCUGCUAGGGCUGUUAGUCUCUUCGGAGGCAUUAAUGUUCUUGAAAAGCAGACAAAAACCCUAAUACAGGAUGAAGAAGAAGAAGAAGAUGAUGACUUCCCUUUGAAGCCCAGCCCUCCCCCAUUUGUCAUGGAGGAGAAGGAAGAAAAAUCUAGAUCAGGGGCUUUUGGUCUGUUUGAAGAUGAAGACGACGACGAGUGGAAUGAUUCUAUUUUCACACCUGGUAAACCCACCAGCAAAACAACACCCAAGGAAGAAGAAGAGGAGGAGGAGGAGGAGGCGGCGGAGGCGGAGGAGAAAGAGGAGGUGGAGCCAGCACAGACAAAGAGCACGGGUGUUCUCCAGGACGAGGAGUUGUUCAGCCACAGUCAUGAGAAAGACAAUGACCUCGACGCCGGUCUCUUUGCCACUUCAGGGAGAGCUGAAAGCCCACCAAAGGCAGCAGCACAUAAUUUGUUUGCAGAAGACGAUGAAGAUGACCUUUUCAGCUCCCCCAAGCCAAAAGUUCUUCCAAAAAUUGCAGAAAAGCCAAGUAAACCUGCUGACAAAGCACCGCUGGCCAGUCCAGAACCUGUCUCAGAGACUGAGAAACCUGCACCAAGUCCUGUAAAACCUAAAGCUUCCUCAUCAAGGAUUGGAAAACUUCAAGCAAGUCUCAAGAUCAAUCCUGCUGCUAUGCUUCCUGGUGCUGUUCCCACUUUGCCAGGUGCCAUCAGUGUCUUCCCUGGCAUGGAUCCCAGCUCCUCCUCCGGUGUGUCAAGCUCCAGCCUGAGCCCCAGCCCUGUGACAACUCCUGUAGGGGCUCAGACAGACAGUGAGGGAGUGACCUUUGACACCCCAGUCCAGGUCACGACACUGCAGAGUGUACAGAAAAGUCGCACCAAAGGUGCUGGUCAGCGCAGACCCCAGACCAGAGCUGCAAGACAGAAAGCUGUACAAAGAUCAGUCGACGACAGAGACAAUUUCACAAGUACAGCUGCGUCAGGUCCAAACCCCAAUCUGUCUGAUUCAGAGUCACGUCUACCAGAGAGAGCCAGCCAGACGAGUAGCAGUUCAACGAUUUCCACCUCUUCCACGCCCACAGUCUUGGCCGCCUCCCCACCUUCUCAGCACACUGUCCUGAAAGGAUCCCCCAGACCUUCUGUUUUGUCAUUGCCAGAGUCGAAUGAUGCUCUAAAGAAAGAGUCCAGUAAACCCAGUGGUAAAGUGUUGGCAUACUCUGAUGUGGAUGACAUUUUUGCCUCCGACGUUCUGUUUGAGGCCACGUCGGUGACAAACACACCCCCCACCGUACUGUCAACCGCGAAGACACCACCUGUAGGCAGCGGCGUGUUGGCUGCUAAAAAAGACAAAGACAAAAGCACAUUCCAGUCUAUUUUUGAUGACGAUGUGGAUGAUUUGUUUCAACCAGCCAAACCGAGGUCGACGGCCAAGAAAGCCAAGCAGUCGAAAUUCUUGGAAGACGACGAUGAUGACGAGGACAUAUUCGGUGUCAGCAACAGUUCCACUCCGUCAUCGACCAGUAGUAAAGAAAUGAAGAAUGGUAGUAGUUUUUCCAAGCAGGAAAUUUUCCAGGACGAAGUAACUACUGUGCCUAAAGUUCAAAAGAAGCACAAAGAGAAGCCUUUAGAUUUCAGCUUGUUCGAUGAUGACACAGACAUUUUUGCUGAUCUGACAGACACUUUCAAACCAAAGCAGAAACUCAAGACAAAGCCAGAGGCCAAGUCGAUAUUUGACGAUGACAUGGAUGACAUCUUCUCAUCGAGCAAAGUGAAGAAAGUUUCAAAGGCUUCAAAUAAAUCUAAGAAAACGAUACCCGCCCAGGACACGACUGCAGCGACAGAUUCCAGCAACAUAUUUGACGAUCCACUAAACGCCCUUGGUGGGACCUGAACUGUUGUUUCUGAGAAGCAAAACUUGUACAUUUGUUAAAUAUAAAUGAGUACUUUUGCUAUUUCGAUCACUUGAAGACUGGAGAUCAACUUGUUGGUAGAGUAUUUAUUCAUGUAAACCGAUACGAACUCAGUGGCAUAUUUUUGGCAGAUGGAAAUUGUCCAACUCUUAUUCUGGCAGCAUUUUUGCAAAUCACUAAUUUCAUUUAAUGGUCAUGAUUAUGGUUUUUAUUUUACAUGAUAGCACUUUAAAAGCAAUAUGCUUAGCCUCAUCGCCUGCAGAAAUAAACAGUAAAUUGUUCUGUUUGUUAAUUUUGUUUGCCUAGUUGAGAUUUCAUGUCUUUGGGUUUGUGCCAUAUCAUGAUUGUUAGAAAUUAAUCUGUUUCAUUUGUGUCUUAGGAAAUUUGACAAUGUUUUUAUUAAUAAGAGUCAUCAUUUUCUUAACUUUGGCUGUGAUAAAAAGAUAGUUAAUUUUUAUGACUAAAGGAAACAUUUUAUGCUUUUUGAAUGCGUGUCAUUAUUUCCUGGGUUCCUUUCUGCAUUUGCAAUCUAGUCCUCAACACAAAUGCACCGGGCAAUGCUUGUGAUGAACACAAAAUUUAUUCAAAACUUUACUUUGUCUAUUCAUUAACGCAAAGUAUGCAAUAUGUUUUUACAUUUAAUCAUCAAAAGUUUCCUUUUUGAAUGGUAGAUCACAAUAAAACAAUUGUAUGCAGAA